AUGGCAGACGACCCUUGGGACGACUGGGAGGCAGCUGCCGAUGCCGGUCUAGAGCCAAAACCUGUUGGGACGCUCGAUGACCACGAAAAAAAUAAACAAAUAUGGCAAGAAGCAAAUUCUUACGUGCAACCAGAAAUUACUCGAACAGAUUCAACCCGAACAGAAUAUGUACCACAACUUCGAAUUUUAAAACGUCCCAAGAAUCCUGGAUCUACAACCACUACACAUCCUUCUCAUUUACCGAUAUCACUAAAUUCUAAUGCUACUCUCACCAGUGAUUCCGGCAGUUUUUCGAUAAAUUCAAAGCAAAUCAAAUCACUCGCUGAUCGUGAAGCAGAAUAUUUCGCUGCAAGACAAAAAAUCUUUGGACAUACAGAUGAUGAAAAUAAUAACGGAAAUAAGGAUAGUGGAAUCACUGGUGAUGGUGGUGAAUGUAAAACUCAAAAAGGAAGGGUAAUCGAAGAUAGUAAAAAGGAUACUAUUAUAUUGAUAGAAAAGAUACAAGAGGCAGCUAAGUGA